UGCAAAAGGGGCAAUUGACCGUGGUUGCAUCAGCGCGUGGAGCAGCAGUUACCGGCAGAGUUACAUGCUGUCAGAUAUUUUAAUUGUCUUAUAAUUUCCAGUACUUUAGCAAGUUAUAUCUAGGUAUUUCAGUCCAAAAGCAGUUGAAUAGAGGCAGCUAGAUGAAACUAUUCGUGAGUGACGGAAAUCCGCACUGUGUGAAGGUGUUAGCAGUGCUAGAACUUACUGGAGUCAAAUGUGACGUUCAACAUGUCAACCACGAAGAGAGAGUGGUGCCCUACCUCAGCCGUCCAGCCGUGCCUGCCCUGCUCCUCCCCAGUGGAACAUACCUGUUCAGCCCCAACGCCAUCUGCCAGUACCUGAUGGAGGUGAAUGGACAGGGAUCCAGUGAUCUCGUCAACCAGUGGCUGGAAUGGGAAGCUACAGAACUACAGCCUGCACUGACGCAGGCCCUCCACAUGGUGGUGCUGCAGGGGAAAAGAGCAGAAACUACCAGUGUUCUACAAGGACCUCUCAGCUACCUGGACCAGAGCCUGAGCAAGAGGAGCACGCUGUUCCUCACUGCUGAGAUGGUUUCAGUGGCAGAUGUGGUUCUUUGGGCAACUCUCUACCCCAUCCUGUCUGACAGCAGUCUGGUAUCAGGUAAUCAGACGGAGCUGCAGCGCUGGUUUGAGCGUGUGGGUGUGUUGUCAGCCUGUGUGUCUGCAUCCCAGACAGUACUACAGGGGAAGGGACUGAAGGCUGAGUCUCUGAAGACCUACAUGCAGAGACAGCCAGCCCCACACCAUGGUCGGGUUCAGGGUAGAGGCACACAGCCAUGCAACAGCCCUGAGGGUGAUGAUGGUGACCGUGUGCUGUCAGAGGAAGAGAUCCUGUCUGCAGCAGUCACCUGGGGUAAAGGACUGGCAGACUUACCCAUGGUCACAGAGCGACUUCACCCUAUUCUUCCUAAGGAGGGCAAGAGGAACGUCCUAGUGACCAGCGCCUUGCCUUACGUCAACAACGUCCCUCAUCUGGGCAACAUCAUUGGCUGUGUGCUCAGCGCUGAUGUCUAUGCCAGGUAUGGUCGUCUGCGUGGUUGGAACGUGCUGUAUGUGUGUGGGACUGAUGAGUACGGCACCGCUACAGAGAACAAGGCCCGUGAGGAAGGUCUGACACCACAGCAGAUCUGUGAUAAGUACCAUGCUGUCCACGCCUCCAUCUACCAGUGGUUCCAGGUCGACUUCGACUUCUUUGGCCGCACCACCACAAAGAAACAGACUGAGAUAGCCCAGAACAUCUUCUGGCGUCUCCAUGAGCGAGGCUUCCUACUUGAAGACAUUGUGGAGCAGCUGCGCUGCGAGGCUUGCCAGCGUUUUCUAGCUGACCGCUUCGUGGAGGGAACAUGUCCCUUCUGUUCUUACCCAGAGGCACGAGGGGACCAGUGUGACAAGUGUGGCAAGCUUAUCAACGCUGUGGAGCUACGGGAGCCUACAUGUAAGGUGUGUAGUCAGACUCCUGUAGUCCAAUCCUCCAAACACCUGUUCCUGGACCUGCCCAAGUUGGAGGCUGAGUUGGAGCAGUGGCUGGAGAGGUCUACUGGGGCAGGAGACUGGACAGCCAACGCCAAACAGAUCACCAGGUCCUGGGUGAGAGACGGACUCAAACCCCGCUGCAUCACCAGAGACCUGAAGUGGGGAACCCCCGUACCUCACCCCGACUUCUCUGAUAAGGUGUUCUACGUGUGGUUUGAUGCUCCUAUUGGUUACCUGUCCAUCACAGCCAACUACACUGACCAAUGGGAGAAGUGGUGGAAGAACCCACAGCAGGUGGAGCUGUAUAAUUUCAUGGCCAAGGAUAACGUUCCGUUCCACAGUGUGGUGUUCCCCUGCUCGCUACUGGGAGCACAGGACAACUAUACACUGGUCAACCACCUGGUAGCUACAGAGUACCUGAACUACGAGGACACUAAGUUCUCUAAGAGUCGAGGGGUGGGUGUGUUUGGUGACAUGGCCAAGGACACGGGCAUCCCCUCUGACGUGUGGCGAUUCUACCUGCUCUAUCUCCGCCCCGAGGGACAGGACUCUGCCUUCUCCUGGGCCGACAUGGCUAUCAAGAACAACUCUGAGCUGCUCAAUAACCUGGGCAACUUCAUCAACAGAGCGGGUAUGUUUGUCAGUAAGUUCUUUGAGAACUGUGUCCCUGUCAUGAUACUUCAGCAGGAGGAUAAGAGACUGUUGGCCCAGGUUGGAUGGGAGCUGAAGCAGUAUAUCAACCUCAUGGACAGAGUCAAGAUCCGUGAUGCCCUGAAGUGUAUCCUCAACAUCUCUCGCCAUGGUAACCAGUACAUCCAGGUCAAUGAACCCUGGAAGAAAAUCAAAGGAGACGAAACAGACAGGCAGCGAGCGGGCACAGUGACAGGUGUGUCUGUGAACGUGGCGUGCCUGCUGUCCGUCAUGCUCCAGCCCUACAUGCCAACGGUCAGCCAGACCAUUCGCCAGCAGCUCAAUGCCCCGCCCACCGUUACCGCCACCAUGCUGCAGGGCACAGGGAACUUCGUCUGCUCUCUGCCCGCCGGGCAUCACAUUGGCACGGUCAGCCCGUUGUUCCAGAAACUAGAGGCCGAACAGAUCGAGUCUCUGAAGAAGAGGUUUGGAGGACAACAGCCAGAGGAGGAAGAAGAAACCAAACCGAAGAAGCCAAAGACGACAGCCCAGACUGAUGUCAACGCCCAGCCCGCCCCAACCCCAGCCUCAGCUCCUGCUGCUCAGACUGCAGUGAACGGCGCAGACGCUGAGAGAGCCAGGGAGCUGGCACUGGCCGUGGCAGAACAGGGGGAGAAGGUCCGGACCCUGAAGGGCCAGAAGGCAGAGAAGGCUGUGAUUGGAGCGGAGGUCACCAAAUUACUGGAACUGAAGAAACAGCUAUCCCUGGCUGAGGGAAAGAACCCAGAACCAGUCCUGACGAAAGGCAAGAAGAAGUGAUUAGAAAGAGAGAGGGAAGCCAGACAGAGGCCGGAGCAAUAUGAGAGAAAUAGAGGGAAGUAAGAUUUGAAUAAUUACCUUAAUAGAAAAUAGGAUCAAGAUAUAGAAUAUGAGAGAAAGUCAUAUAAACAGGUCUGUGACAGGAUGGAAGACAAUGUGGUGUUGCUAUGGGGACAGAGCAAUAGGAAAGAUCAGUAAUCAAAGAGGGGGAAUUUGAAAACUGCUACAAAAUAUUCCGGCAGUAUAUUUCUUCAGGUUCUAGUAGCCUGGUAGCGAUGUUGAUUCCCCUUUUAUUUUUCAUGAAGAGAAAUAAAAUGGUGACGGCAGCAAUCAGGCUGGUUCCACCAGGCUACGGUUCUAUCAAUUACUACAGGUCAGUGUGUGAUCGAUGUCUGGGUCAGGUGUGUAAUAAUAUUAUGAUAUUGUUAUAUUAUUUUUUAAAAAUGUCAUGUUUUUACAUAUCCCCAUACCCAUUUAUUCAAUCAAAUAAAUACGUUUGCUAAAAAUAACUUUUUUUGCAAAUACUGUGGAAAAUGAAUUCAGAAACAGGCCAAGUUGGAAUUGUAUUUUUUUCUUAAUUUGUCACGUUGAAAGAUUAAAGCAUUUGUUUGGACCUUA